AUGGCGGUCGAUGUGAUAGCGCAGCUCAGCAGCUCCCGUUCGGCCGACGAUCGACUCGAGGGCUUGAGGAUCCUCAAGAACGACAUCGUCGGCCACAUCCAGAAAAAGGAACAGUGGGUGCAAGUUGGGGUCCUGCCGCCUCUCGUCGCCCUUCUCGACCGUGACGACGAGGAUCAGACCACGAAGCUUCACACUCUCCAGCUCCUUGCCAGCUUUGCGAGCGCCGGCCCGCAGUUUCUACCCCCGAUGCACUCCUCGGGGGCGUUGCCGGCCAUCCUGAACUGUCUGCAAGAUCGACGCCCGCAGAUUGUUCUGGGUGCACUCCGUAUCUUGCGCGACAUUGCGGAUGCCUGCGCUUCAGCCCCAGCUUCCUCGGCAAUCAAUUCGACUUCGCUAGCCCAGCUACUUUUCGCCGACGGCCAUAUCGAAUCCCUUGCUGCAAUCCUAGCCCAACCAACCCCGACCCGAGACGUUGCCGCACAAGUCACCAUUGUAGCACGGCUGAUCAGCACUCUGUGUCGAGAAGAAAAGCAUCAAUACGCGCUCGUCAACUAUGGGGUUAUCGAUGGCCUCGCGACACGGCUGGCCAGCUUCGCGGUUGCUGAGGGGCAGGUUGUCCCACGGGCUGAAGUGAUAGCACGUUCAGAGGGCUUAUCCGAUUUUCUCCCAGCACCUGCAAAAUCCGGCAUCAGACUGUCAGAUAUCUUAGGGGCAAUAAGCGCUGUUAUAACUGACUCAGCGUUUCGUUCGUGCAGACUGUUAUACUCGCCUUCGAUCCUGGCCGUUUUCCCCAACACAGACACGGAAUGGGGCAUCUCAUCUGCAAGGGUCGAAUCCCUUCAGCUCGCGGGGUUGCGGCCAACGAAGCAGAAGGAAUAUGAGCCAAUGGAUCUACUUCUUCCAUAUAUGCCUAGCCAACUUCGCGGACAGCCAAGUAAUCCAGCUUUCCCUCCCCUCGGCACCAGCGGUCGGUCAACGUCCAGGUUUAAUCCAGAGUUAUCAGGGUGGACAGGCUCGGCUAACGAGGCAACUGGUGCCGCCGGCGAAGAUGAGGAAGCCGAAAGCCCCCUGAUUCCGUGGUUGAUCAGCCUGGUACGAAAUAGAGAUGACAGCGAGGCGCUUCUCGCGGCGUCGGUUCUUACCUCUUUAUACAAGUGUGGUUUCGCGUAUAAGUCACGAGAGACUACACUUGGACUCCUCGUUAUCCCAAAACUACUACAGUUACUGGAUAAUGCAGAUAUGAGCAAUCAAGACGCCACAUCCACUCUUGGUUGGGAAAUUGUCGAGCAGACGCCGGCUGUUGUAGCCCGUCUCAUUACGGAUAGCGAGUCCCUGCAGAAGGCAGCCUCUGACUCAAACGCUAUCAAAACAUUGUGCAAGUUGUUGAAAAACACGUACGACACACCGCUACCGUCAACUCCGCCGCAUACUUGGAGCCCUGAGGGUGACUUGCAACCGCCUCCCUUCGCCUCUAGUCCAGAGAGCAGGUUAGGGGAGCCUGGACAGCAUCCUUUGCUUGCUCAUCGUAUCCGAGUUCGGGAAAGCACACUGAAAGCCUUGGGCGCGCUGGCAACCUUCAAAGAAGACUAUCGCAAAGCAAUCGUUGAUCAAGAUACAAUUGGGUACAUUGUGCAAUCACUGCAUAUGUUGCCUGGCGCACCCAAGGAAUCCAAAGUCAAUGGUAAUGAUAAAAGCGACAGUCACAGCGAACAGUUUGGCAUGAAUCCUACAACUGUAAUUAUCGCUGCAUGUUACGCUGUCCGUAUGCUUUCGCGAUCCGUUAGCAUUCUCCGAACUGCGCUGGUCGACAACGGUGCAGCAAUACCCUUAUAUUCUCUACUUCGGCAUCCCAAUCUCGACGUGCAAGUUGCGGCUACUGCAGCAAUCUGCAAUCUGGUCACGGAUUUCAGUCCGAUGAGGGAGACCUUGACCAGGGUUGACAUUGUCAAGGUUCUCUGCGAGCAUGCACGGCAGUCAAGUCCGGCCUUGCGCCUGAAUGCGCUCUGGGCCCUGAAACACUUGGUACACUCAGCUAGUAUUGAGCUCAAGAAGAACUGCUUGGAGGAACUACAGUCAGGACGUCUGGUAUGGCUCAUUUGCGACGACACCGAAGAUGAGGCUCUAUUUUCCGCAACAUCCAGAGGCGAAAAACAAGGGAUUCUAGGUAAUAUCGAGGAUUUCGACGAGGAAAUGGAUAUGGACGAUCAAGUGCGGUCGUCUCAAUCUAAAUCUCAAAGCAUACCCGUUCAGACGGAUAGCCGCAUCAUCCACGCUGCGAACGAAAGGUUGGCUGCCCUCCGGGAAGCCGAACUGAAUCCGGUCCGAAAGGCCCGACAAGAUGAUUUGGCUAUUCAGGAGCAAGGCCUCGGAUUUAUACGGAACCUGAUUGGAAGCUCACACGCCGCUGGCAACGCCGAUUCCAUAAGUGACACUGCGGAGAUGAUCGACUUCCUCUUCAACACACUGGGCCAGGAUAGGUUUUUCAGUAUCCUGGCGUCCAAGAUGAAGUCCAAGAUGUUGCGUCCUUUAAGUGGCCGACGCAACUCCACAAAUAAUGCACCGCGCGUGCUUUACCCUCAGGCUAAGAUCAUCGAGGCUGUUGUCUACAUUCUCGUACAUAUGGCCGCGAGCAUCCCCCGGCAUCGCCAGUUAGUCAUUGCACAGACGGAACUCUUGAAACUACUCGCCGGACUUUUCAACAGCCAAGACCGGGAGGUACGGGUUGCUCUUUGCCACUUGCUGAACAACCUCACUUGGCAAGACGACGCCAAUGACGCUCCGGCAUGCUCCCAAAGAGCAAUCGAACUGAAGAAACUGGGAUUCCUGACGAAGCUCGAGUCGCUUGGACACGAUGACGAGCUAGACGUGCGGGAGCGUGCGAAGUCAGCCUUGUGGCAGAUGAAGCAUGGCUACUAG